AUGACACCAACAUGGACUCCGGACAACAUGCCCGACUUGACGGGUAGGGUGGUUAUUGUGACUGGCUCUAAUAAAGGACUUGGUAUUCAUACGGUAAAGCAUCUUGCUAAACAUGGAGCUAAAGUCUACUGUGGCGCCCGAUCAAAAGAAAGAUUCAACAAAGCUCAACAGCAGCUUUUGGAAGAGGAUACGAACUUCCCUCAUGACCGCCUCGUUUUCUUGAAAUUAGACCUUGGGAAUAUCGAUAGUGUGAUGGAUGCUGUGAAGGAAGUAAAGGCAAACGAAAGCAGCAUCCAUAUUCUGAUAAACGGCGCAGGAAUGGUCACAGGCCAGUCCAGCAAGGAGAGUGAAUGGGAUGAGGUCAUGACAGUCAACUAUGUUGGGCACUUUGUUCUCACAAACGGAUUAUUCCCCUUAUUGAAGGCGGCAUGCGCGGAGAAGAAUCCGGAUGUUCGGGUAGUUUCGAUUGCUUCAAACACACCCGGAAUAUUCCUACCCAAAAAUUAUGAGUUUGGCUUGACUACUCCCGCCUGCUUUCACAAGGUCGUUCCAUACUACCCUUGGCGGUGGGAAUACCUCCUCAGCCAAUUCUUCGGAAUGGACAUGGUCCGCUAUAGCGUCGCUAAAGUAGCCACCAUGUUGUUUAUUAAGGGACUUCAACAGCGCGUUGACGAGCAUAAUCUACCUAUCCUCUGUCUUAGUCUAAAUCCAGGCGGAGUGGCGACAGACGGCGCGGAAGACAUUCUGAAGCCGCUAUUCAGGCCUCUUCUUCGAGUUGGUCGAUUGACACCGGACCAAGGGUCCUAUCACUCUCUUUGGGCAGCCACUGCUAAGGAGCCCCGGCAGAGUUUUGGGAAAUUUAAGGGGAGUUAUCUCGAGCCGAUUGGGGUCACCACAACACAACAUCCGGUAUUGGAUGAUGAAGAACAACGCCAGGGGCUUUGGGACGUCACGACGGCCGAGGUUAAUAGGAACCUCGACUCUCGAGGUUUGGGAUUCUUGGCGGAAUGGAAAUGA